ACUUCCUUCUUCCUGUUCUGUCUACUCCACCCACCUAUGUUCUAACCUAUGAGGCCAAGCAGUUUCUUUAUUAAUUAAACAAUGAAAUCAUCAGAUAGAUAGAAGACACACCUACAUCAAGGUAAGAUACUCAUUUUAUUUCAGAGGGUUCAAGUCAAGUUGCUGUCAGGGCUGGUUAUUUCUGGAGCCUCAGGUAUGAAUCCAUUUUGCCAUUUUGUUUUCAGCAUCUAGUGAUCACCUGUUUUGUUGACUCGUGGCCCAUCCUCUGUCUUCAAAGCAUAUUACUCCAAUCUGUUUAUACUAUGCUAUUCUUUUCUCACUUAUUCUCGUGAAGACACUUAAUGAUCCUUCUUAAGCCCAACGUGCUGAUCCAGGAUUAUCAUUCUUGAUCACAUCUGCAGUCUUUGUUGCCCAUAUAACAGAAACAGGAAGCUGUGAGGCUUAGAAGAUGGACGUCAUUGGGGGGAAUAUUAUUCAAGGUACCAUAACAACUGGGACCUAGAAAGGGCUCCUCUGGCUGGUGGGACUGAAGGGCAGAAGUAUUCUGGUCCUCCAAACUUUGCAUAACAAAACCAGGCAAGCAUUUGAUUCUCCAAAGGUAGAGACAAGCAGCUCAAGUGGGUGGAGCCAGGCAGCCUUGAGUCUAAAGCCCCAAAACCAUGGAGAAGCAGCAGCAGAAGAGGGUACCAAGCCACCUGCUGAGGCAUGAAAUACACUGGAGCUCAGUUUUGAAGCUAAGUUCUACCUGGAAGAGAGGUCAAAGUGCAGGCAAGUCCUAACAGGUUCAGUUGCUCCAAAUCUGGGGUGGGGCAGCCAGGCAAGUUGGCUCAGAGAGGAAAGCACUAAGGACUGCCUACCUUCUUUUUGCCCCACAAGGGCCUCUGCUUGGCUUCCUCUAGGGCCUAGGAUCUUGAGGAAACUGUUAGAUAUGUUCAGCCCUGUCUACCAGAACUAUUCAGAUCAUUCCCUGGGUUCAUUUGGCACCAGCUGGUUAGUGGAAACCUGCAUAGAGGUCACCAAGAAGAUGGUGUUGAGAAAUGUGGGUGCAUCCUCCUGAGAAUCCUGGGGCCCAGGGUGCAAGUGUUUGUUCAGCACUGCUUCAGGCUCUGAGCUGGAACAUCUGCUACUAGGUCUGGGUCUUCCUCCAGCAAGGAUGGGACUCAAGAGACUUGGGAAUACCCCUUUGUACCUUAUUUGGGAUUGUGAUUAGCAUGUAGGGAAAGGAAGCUGAGAGGCUGAGUUAAAAAGGAUUUCAGCUGGCAGCCAUCUGCAUAUUUUAACUGAAGGGGGCUUCCAACAUAGAUGUGACCCCAAUGGCAAGGCUGCAAAGGCUAGGCCCAGUACCAGUGAUAGCAGUAGGACCCAAGAUGCCAAAUGUCACCAGAGGAUGUUCAAAUGAAGGAAGGAGGAGUGAGGCAGGAAAAUAUACAGAUAGAUAGACACUGUCGAGCUGAUUUCAUGACCUCAGUUCCCUGUCCAAGUCCAAACCCCUGCAUUGUGACCUUUUUAGUAAAGAGUCUUUGUAGAUAAAAUCAAGCUAAGAUAAGAUGAUAGGAGCCUGAAUUCAAAUAUGAUGGUGUCCUCAAAAGAAGAGACUAGAGACACAUACAGGACUGAAGAUGGCCAUUUGGAGAAAGAAAUGAUGGGAGCCAUGUAGUCACAAGCCACGGAACACCUAGGGCAGGAAGGCCCAUCCUUAGAGGUUCUCUAAGGAGGAUAGCGCUACCAACACUUUGAUUUGAGACUUCUGGCCUUCAGAACAAAAAGAGAAUCCACUUCUCUUGUUUUAAGCCCCCUUUUCUGUUUUUUUUGUUGUUGUUGUUUGUUUGUUUGUUUUUGUUCCAGCAGCCCUGGCAAACUAAGCUUUCCCACAUGUCUUCAGGGGUCUAAGUGUUACAUGUCUUCUAAGUGAGUGAUCCUCUCGUUGCCACUCCGGCAGUGAAGAAACAGCUCCCUGGGAAUACUAAUUAACUCUCAGUUAAUUGGGUGAAAUAAUGUGAAGCUCUGCUGACAUCAUCUUCAUUCUGUGCCCAGAUCUAGCCACAAGCACAGUCUGGUGACUGCUAGGCUCUGAGCCUUGUCUUGUGGUAACAUGUUGAGCCCUUCCCAGCUGUCCCAAAGAACAUGGCUGGGGAGGGCCCUCCACUCAGCUCAGUUCCAUAGACUUAAAAAUGGCCAGCACACAAGUGGUUUCUGGGACUGAGGAUGAUAGGGAGGGAGUGCAGGGAUAUUAACCACAUGUACUACACUUGUCCAUACAUCAUCAAAAUGCUUUUACUAGUGGUUUAAACAUCUACAAAAACACAUGUCCUUUAAUUUAUUCUAUAUGGUAAGCCCAAGCACUGGAACCCCAAGGACCUGUGUGACUCCUGCCUAAUAGAAACGAAAGGAGAAGAAUCUUGGCGUUUCUGUUCAGAAUCCCAGCAGGCAAGAAUUACUUGAAGUGGUAUCCGUUGGAUGUUUCCUGUGUGCUUACCCAAGCAUGGUAUCAAGGGCUCACGCAGUAAAAGAUCAGGUGUGAAGGAUAUGCUCUCCAUUCAGGAGGAAUGAAGGAGACGGUCAGAAGACUGUGACCAUGCCAGGUGGGAAGCUCCUUAAGACAGAAGGUAAACCAUUCAACAGAGCUUCAGGAACUUCCUAAAACUGAACAGAUUUACUAGGCCUCUUGCUCCCAAGAGUAAACAAUAAAGACUGCCAAGAGUCACUCUUAGACAAGCCAUGCUAUGAAGAAGGCUGAGACCAGCCCAGCUGCCAAAAAGGAGAAACCACUGAGUUGCCUGGAAAGUUACUUGAAAAGGACAGUCUUCAACCUGUUGAGCUGUAGGUUGCGCAGAAUGUUCCAGGUUUCCAGCUUUUAUGAACUGUCACAGGUGCUUGGAUGUCUUUGAGUCACUUUUGUUCCAGCUGCCACCUUUGGUGAAGUCAAGACAGCUAAGAAUCCAGGAAGGUGUCUGAGAAAGAUGAGUACGUCUACAGCCUGCAAGAGGAGCCCACUGAAUCCACUAGUAACAACUCUGUUGAAAAAUAAACAUCAUGAGCACUUUAGGAGGUAAUGGAAAAGGGAAACCUUUGUCACCCAGUGAAGAGGAGCGGAAAAAUGUCCUGAAGCAAAUGAAAGUACGAACUACACUGAAGGGUGACAAGAGCUGGAUAAUUAAGCGUGAAGACUCAGACGACCAUGCUGUAGCGCUUCCCUCGGGACAAAACUGUGCCACAUCCCCAUCAGUUGGAGAGGGAUCAAAUGCCAGUUCUCCGAACACUAAGGCUCCUGCUGGUUACAUAAUCCGGGGAGUGUUCACCCGAACAAUAGACAGCUCAUCUAAUUCCCAACAGCACCACUCUAAGACCAAUGGAACUCCAAGAAGUGCUUCUGGACUGCUGGGACCAGCUAAUUCUGGUUCUGCUCCCCACUCCUCUGGUUAUAAGAUGACUACGGAAGAUUAUAAGAAGCUGGCACCGUACAACAUCAGGCGCAGCUCCACAUCAGAGACCGAGGAAGUGGAGGUGUCCUUCACCUCAGAUGAACAGAAACGGAGGUCACAAGCUGCAAGUGGUGUUUUGAGGAAGACAGCCUCACGGGAACACUCUUAUGUCCUCUCAGCAGCUAAGAAGUCUACGAGCAGUCCUACCCAGGAGCUGCAGGCCCCAUUUAUUGCAAAGAGGGUUGAUGUGGAUGAGGAUGUACCUCCCGAGAAAAAACAGGAGCCCCCUGCUCUAGCACGAUCUGUUUCUGGCAGUGUAAAUGGAGGAAGAGCCCAAGUGUCUCAAGCAAUUCGACUUGGGUGCAUAACAAGUGUUUCCAGUCCCUCUGGAAGCCAGGAACCCAGUUUGAAAACUGAGGAGAUCAUCCAUUUGCAGAUCACGACCCCCAGAGCAGGACUCCGCCUGGUGGCCCCAGACCUGGAAGCCCUGAGGCCUUCCCACAAAACCAAUGAAGUAUCGCACUCUGAAGACUUCAACAGAGAUUCAGCUUGUGAGGCUAAGUUUAAGAAUUGCAACACAGAUUUGGAAAGAUCAGCUGCACAGUUGGAUGGUGGCAGCAAGGAACCAGAAGCCCCAGAAGCCCCCCCAGAAGGUUUGGCUGGAGCAGGCUCUGGCGCAGAGCAAAAUGGGUCUGGCGCCAUGAUAAUUUCUUUUGUGAACGACAAGAAGAGCGAUGGCGCAGCAGAACCCAUGGGUCCCUCAGCUGAUGGGGAGAUGAACAUGGCUCCCAUGAACAUCCAGGCCUGUCAGGAGACAGAUGGUACUACAAAAGGCGGCCAGGGAGACCCAGCUGCAGCCCCUCAACAGCCUGCAGAUCCCAGCACCCCGGAGCUGGGGAACAACUCCAGUGCACCCAGUCAGCUCGUCCCAUCUGAGGCCCAUGCCAGCAGCACUCCGGCUGCCUGUGAAAAUGUGACCCCCAAGAUAUGUGAUGUCUGGCAGGAGACAUCUGAGGUCCUUCAAGGUGGCCAAGGGGACCAAGCUGUGUCUACUCAAGAACUUGCAGAUCCCAGCACUCCAGAGCCACAGAGCAGCCCCAGCGGACCCAAGCAGCAAAUCAAAGUGAAUGAAAAUACCAAGCUGCAGAGCCCUUCAAGCUUCGCAGUCACUGUUAAUGUUGCUGCCGCUUCUGAAGAGCUGCGUAUGCCAGAUGCGUCAAGUGAGCUGGACUGCAGCUCAACUACCAAAGGGAUUCUCUUCGUGAAGGAGUACAUGGAUGCUAGAGAUGUGUCUUCUGGAAAGCCGGUGUUUUCGCACUAUGGCAGUAGCAGCAGCAUUGAGGACUCACUGAACCCAGAGAAGAAACCCCCACAUGAAGGCACUCCACCCUCCGCAAGACCAACUGAAGGUGCCUGUACUUACUGCAGCCGUGAGAUCGGAGAUUGUCCAAAGAUUACCCUUGAACAUCUUGGCAUUUGCUGCCAUGAGUACUGUUUUAAGUGUGGAAUUUGCAGUAAACCAAUGGGUGAUCUCCUAGAUCAGAUCUUCAUUCACCGUGACACCAUCCACUGUGGGAAAUGCUAUGAGAAGUUCUUCUAGGCUGAACAGAAGCUGAUGAGUCCCAGAUGCAUUUGGCUGUUUAGCUGUCCCCAAAUUGUUGGUUUUUCUCCCUUUACAUCCUCCCCCACCUGGUUUCACUGUACUUAUGCCCACCUUGUACUGAAGUAACACAUCUAGCAUCGUUAUCUCAAUGAUGUUAUAAUUACACGUGUAUGGCCUCUCUUAUACCUUAGAAAUGCAAAUCCGUAUCUCAAUUGCUCCCAGGAUAAAGGAUUCCACGUUGACUUCCCUAAGAUAUGUUGGCUUUCUAUUGAGUGCAAUGACCUGGUAUCUUAGAUAUGAGCACAACUGUAGGUAUCAAUGUAUGCAGACUUUUGGAGGCUUCUGAGGGGCCAAACCAAAUGCUCUUGACGAUCCCUGGUAGGGAAAUUAUAGGCAUUGAAUGCUAAGGGUUGAAAAUAGGCUAAUGUUUAGCUUGUCUAUUCACUGUAUGUGUAUUUUAAUUUCUCAUACAAUUUUUAAAAUAGUUGUCUUGGAAUUAGGUAGAUUUAAAUUACCCCCUCCCAUUCUCUGAGUUUUUCCAGUCAGGUAUGUCAGUACAUAUUGGAAAGUUUAACCUGGUUUAAAUUUGAUAAGAUACAAUAUUAGGAGGCUUCUAACAAAAGGGACAGCUGUGUCUGUUUGAAUUUGGCAGCUAGUUCAAGUCUUUACCCCCAGUAUCCUUCUUCUUGGACUUCACAUAGAAAUUUUCUGAACUGCUUCGGGUGUGUAGAUGUCAAAAGAGUAAAAAAAAGAGAUAAGGUUUCUUGAGACCUCACCACACACCAGGCAUUACCACAUAGAACUGGCUUUUAAACUUUUUAAUAGUCUCUAAGAUUCUCAUCUUAGAAAUAAAUGCUCAGAGAAGUGGAAAGAAUCCUUUAGAACCACUGUUGUCUCUCUCUGGAGCUCAUACUUUCUCCAGAAAGAACUGGCUUUUAAACUUUUUAAUAGUCUCUAAGAUUCUCAUCUUAGAAAUAAAGACGGUAAUGAUCAGAGAAAUGGAAAGAAUCCUGUAGAAGCACUGUUGUCUCUCUCUGGAGCCCAUACUUUCUCCAGUCGGGACACUGACCUAGUGUUGAGCGUGGGCCAGGCACUGUGUGUAGGGUCCCGAUACCUACCAUGACACCCUGCCCUGAGACAUACUCUUAGAAAUGGCAAGUGUGAAAUUUACUCGUCUCCAGGCUUCUUGGAUCCCUCCUUGAAGCAUCACAAUAAUGUAAUUGCCAUCCAGUGGAUGGUGCAGUUGCAGUAGUGACUUGUUUUCUAGUCCUGUUUCAAACCAACAUCAAUAUCUAGGUCCCCAGGUACUCAAAGUGCUAAAAGCUGAUGUCUGACAGAGCAAGGUAGGUUCAUCCCUGCAGUUUGCUCAUAGACUGCCCUGAUUCAGCUUCACUCUGCAGCAUUAAAGUAAGAUCCUUGAAAGCAAUAAUAGCCCUCAAGAUUUGGGGAUGAAAAAUCAAGGCCUCUUCAUUUGAUUUACUUAUAAAAUAGCUCUUCUCUUUCUUCAGAUUCUGAGUCCUAAUCACAUUUAAGCAUGGACUUGUUCUUCCUAUCAAGUUAUCAGAGAACAUUCUAUUUAUUUCUGUAUUUAUCUGCUGCAUGUACUCUGAAGGUGAGAAAGAAUACAGUAUGUCACAUCCCCACACUAAUUAUCAACUAGUCUUUCUCAAGUCCAUCUGUAGCAUGGGACUCGGCAGAUGGUGGGCAGUAACAUAUGGGUGCCAAAUGAAUUAGUAAAAUUCUCCCCUUUGGUUAGAGGUGUUACUUGGGAAUCUCCUUGCAGGCCCCAAAGAUGGGAUCCAAAGUAAAGAGGCCAUAGUGGAAUGGUUUCCCCAUCUUAAAGGUGUACUCUAUCAUUUAAGCAGUUUUAGAAAUAUGGAAAAUACUCAGACAGCUUGCAAUGUUUUAGUAUUGAUUUGAAUUCAAAAUAGCCCUUUUCUCUCAAAAAAUUCUGCAAUUAAAAGAGGGUUGGUUUUUCAUUAUUUUCUUUUUAAUUGCUUAGUUUCUAGUUAAUUUGCUUAAUCCACAUUAAUGUAUGCAUAUUAUAAUAAAUGUUAAGAUAUUACACAUCA